AUGGGAAGAUUCUUCCAAUACCUGACAGCACACCGAGACGCAGUCCAUCAGCUGAAAAUGCUGCAGAUCGUCCAUUCAGCGGGAGACGAAGACACGACGACGGCCCUACCGAUACCGAUGAUUGGGCCUUCGUCGAUUUUGCGUGCCGUCCAACGGAAAGCGAUGACAGCGACACAGGACAACGUGGUGGUACGGAGGAAAUAUGUUUACAACUCAGACAAGGACCACCACCUCGUUCUACCCUUCUUCGACUAUGAUGGCAACACGACACAAAUGCACUUCAAUUCAUACUCAUACUACAAAUACAAGUCCAAUUAUGGAUUUCCAACGUAUGGGUCUUCAUACCCUACGGCAGCUUUGGACGCUGAAGAAGAUGCCCUGGUAGUCACCAAUGCACCUGAGGCUGCUGCAGUGGAGCGGCUGGUGCUCGAUACGCUAGAUGAUCUGGCGACACUUGAUGAAACAGUGGUGGAAUGGGUCGAGAGACUGCUGGUUGCGAUGGAAGUGGAAUGGGUCGACGAACUAUUCGUUCCAACGGAAGUGGAUGAAGUUAUAUGCGACGAGGAAACCGUUGUUGCGGUGGAAGUGGAAUGGGUCGACGAACUAUUCGUUCCAACAGAAGUGGAUGAAGUUAUAUGUGACGAGGAAACCGUUGUUGCAGUGGAAAUGGGAUGGCUCGACGAACUAUUCGUUCCAACGGAAGUGGAUGAAGUUAUAUGCGACGAGGAAACCGUUGUUGCGGUGGAAGUGGGAUGGCUCGACGAGCUGUUCGUUCCAACAGAAGUGGAUGAAGUUAUAUGCGACGAGGAAACCGUUGUUACGGUGGAAGUAGGAUGGGUCGAUGUAGAGCUGCUGCUCCUACACUCCAAGGAGGAUCUCGAUUUCGGGCUGGGCCACAGUAUCGUAGCCUUCACCGGUGGGGGAAAGUGCAAGGAGGUCGAGCUUCAUGGUGUACACAGUCCUGACAGCGUUGGUUUUGGCCCUUCACCGUUAGUCGUGAUGGGGUCGAUGGUCUGUGCUGUGACCAAGGCCGCGGAAACCAGCAAUACAAGUGCGAAUUUCAUGAUGGUGGAUGGAAUGUCAUCGCUCCCUCGACAACCUACAAUUGACAUCUCUUACGUUGGACCUACGAAUGGACGGCUUCAGUUUCCCAUACAUCGGUCUGCAGGAAACGGCAUAGUCGACACGUUGACGACAAAGCAACCUUCCACCUCCGUUCGCUUUUGGGCCAAACGACCCAAAGUCCAUUUCACUGAUGGGCAUUAA